AUGUCCACUUCCGAUGCCAUGUACGAUGUUUGUAUGCAACGAGAUUUUCCCUUCUAUUCGAGAAGACUCAAACAUCUCAAUGAAUACUCAAAUUUGUAUUUGAAAUUCAAUAGAAGAACAAAGGCUGCAUCGAAUAUCAAUGAAUUAUUUUGGGCCCUCAUUGAAAAAGCAAAUAGAGAUGCCUCCUAUCUUGAAAGAAUGAUUGUGGAAGAAGGUUAUUUAGAUUUCAUUCAUCAACUCGAGAAUGAGUUUGAUAAAACCACGAACACUCUCUAUGAAGCCUCUAGAAAGGAGGAUUUGAGUUGCUUUGAAUAUGACGGAGGCUUGUAUGCCAUGUGUCUUGUGAUUUCUCAAGGUAAACAAGCUUGGGAGGAAAUGUGCCAAGAUCCUUCGAAGGGAGAAGACAUGGAUGGAGAUGAAUCGUUUCUUUAUCCAUUUAGCAGUUAUACUUAUGAAUUGGGAGAAUAUCAGGAAGAAGAACCUCCUCUUGAUUUGAAUGGCUCACCUCUCUACUUGCUUCAAACACAUCAGUCAUCAGAAAACUCUAACAAUUUAAAUGGAUUGGCCAAGUUGCUUAUUGCUCUGCUAAAAAAUUCUUCCAUCUUCAUUGUAAAAACAAAAAACCAUAAAAAUGUUCAGAAGAGCAUCCACUCUCAUCACCAAAUCACUCUGCAACACCUCCUUCGCCAAGCAAGGAUCAUCAUUCCUUCUCUUCUCUCACCAACCACAAUACAGAAUUAUGCUGCUCAAACAACACCAACCGAGAAGGGUUCUGUUGCCGUUUUAUUGAGUGGAUGUGGUUAUCUUGAUGGUACCGAAAUUACCGAAGCUGUGAGCGUGAUGAUUCAAUUAUCAAAGAUGGGAUACAAGAUUGCAUUCUUUGCUCCGGAUAUCAAUCAAGAAGAAACUUAUGAUCAUCUUUCAAAGACUUUGGAUAAGAAUGAAGUGAGAAAUAUCCGUUCUGAAGCUUCUAGAAUCACCAGACAAAACGUUCUCAAAUUGGAACAAUACAGACCACAAUCUUUCGAAGCUCUCUUUAUUCCAGGUGGAUUCGGUGUUGCUAAAAACUUGAGUAAUUACGCUGAAAGCCCAUCAAACUUUAAGAUUCAUCCUGAAGUUGAGAAGGCCAUCGUUUCCACUCACGAAGCCAAGAUUCCAAUCGGAAUGUGUUGUAUUGCUCCAAUUUUGGCUGCCAAGCUCAUUCCAAAGUGCUCAAUCACUUUGGGAGAUUCCGAUCCAGCCACCACAGAAAAUGCCAGAGCUCUUGGUGCAACUUGUUUGCCUAAAGCAGCAAACCAAGUUGUUGUUGACAAGGAUAACAAAUUGGUAACCACUCCUGCAUACAUGGGCAAGAAUCCAACUCCUUAUGAAGUUUUUGAUGGUAUUGUAUCGAUGGUUGACUCUGUCAUUGAAUUGACUGGCUCAAAGAGUGACGAGGAAGGUGAAAUUGAUUUUGGCGUUUUAGAAGAAAUUGCUGCCAAGAAGGUCGGUAAAGAACAAUUCACCAAGAUGAAGGAACAAUUGUACGGAAAGAAGACAGCUUCCAAGUAA